AUGAAGAGCUACGAAGAUCUGAUCAACAACAACAAAGUUAUCUUGGAUGAUGGAAACUAUGGGUUUUGGAAGUCAAGGAUCAAAUCCAUCAUAGGAGGUAUUGAUCGUCUUGCUUGGAAAACUGUUCUGGAAAAGUGGGAGGAACCAACGAUCAAGGAUGAAUCAGGCAAGCGAAUUCCCAAACCCGAUGCAGACUGGACUGAUGAAGAACAAAAGAGAUCAAAGUACAACUCAAGAGCGUUAAGUGCUAUUCAUUGCAGUGUUGGGAGAAAACAGUUCGAAUUGAUUCAGGGAUGUGAAACUGCUAAAGAAGCAUGGGAUAUCCUUCAAACCCAUUAUGAAGGCACAACAAAAGUGCAAAAUUCAAGAAAGGAUAUGUUGGCCUCUAGAUUCAAGAAUCUAAGGAUGGAGGAGCAUGAUUCGAUUUCAGACUUCAGUUCAAAGUUGAGUGCUCUAGCGCAAGAAGCCUUGACUCUUGGAAAGACUUAUAAGGAUCAGAAGUUAGUCAAAAAGUUUUUAAGGUGUCUUCCAUCAAGGUUCAUGGGAUACAAGACAGCUUUAACUGUCUCUCAAGACUUAGACAAUCUCAGUUAUGGUGAAGUGGUCGGAAUACUACAGGCACACGAGAUGGAACUUAAUGGAAUUAAGAAACCAAAAGGAAUAGCUCUAGCAGUUUGCAAAGACAUAAUUGAUCGAGGAGAAGAAGAUGUUGUGAGCUUGUUGGUAAGAAAAUUUGAUCGAGCCUUAAGAAGGAUAGAACAAGGUCAAGGUCAAAAGAAGAGUAACUCAUUCAAGAAGACAAGUGAAGACAAAAAGGCUGAUAUGCAGUGUCAUGAAUGUAAGGGAUAUGGUCAUUUUAUUCGAGAAUGCCCAACAAUCAAGUUGCGAGAUGCCAAGUGCACAAUUUGUAAAGGGACUGGACACACACAUGAUGAGUGUGUGAGUAACUCUAAAGCUAAGAAAGAAAAGUCUAUGAUUAGCAUUGAGAAUGAAUCAGAUAGUGAUAGUAGCAGCGAAGAAGAGCUCAUUAAUUUAGUUGCAAUGGUGGGAAUCACUGAAUUUGAGAAUGGGGAAGAGGUAACUGAUUCAAAAUCAGAAGGAGAAGAAGUUCUUGACAUUGUUCAGAGUUACAAAGAAGUGCGAAAUACACUUAUUUUUCCAGGAAAGGAAAAUCAAGGAUUGAUAAAAGAAAAACUUCAUUUAGAAGCACUUGUUAUGUCGUUACAGAAUGAAUUGGUGGAUGAGAAAAAGCUAGCUAAAGAUUCACUAGAUCUGAUGAAAGAGAAGUUGGUUUUAUCGGCAAAAGCAGACAAGCUUGAAGAAAAGCUACUUAACGAAAAGGAAAAAUCCGCAGAACUACAAUCUAAAUUAGAUCAACAGCAUAGCAAGAUUCAUAUGUUUGCAGGAACAAAGCAACUUGACAAGAUUUUGAGCUAUGGGAGAACUGAGAAGACUCAUAGAGGAUUAUGCUUUAACGAGAACAAGGGAGCUAAAUCACAGACAACGAAAUUUGUAUCUGCUAGAGUCUAUCAGUCUGAGAAGGAGACAUCUACUGGAUCUUUGAGUUGUUAUUUUUGUGGGAAAAUUGGUCACUACAAACGGUUUUGCUACAAAUUUUGGCAAAAGGUCUGUACCUUAAAGCAACAAGGAAGAUUCUUCUGGAAUGGAAUUAGAAGACAAGUCUGGAUGAAGAAAGCUGACAUAUAUCAAUCAGGAUCAAUGGUAGCUUCUGGAUCAGGGUUUAGAUGCAAUAUGGCCAUGAUUACAAAAGUACAAGAAGAAACGGAACCAAGAUGUAAUAUGGCUUUGAUUACUGAAGAACAAAAAGACGCAGAGCCUUGGUUUUUUGAUAGCGGUUGUUCAAGACAUAUGACUAGAACCAAGAGUAAUCUACAGACUAUUAAGAAACUGAAAGGAGGUACAAUAACUUUUGGAGAUAGAAGUCAUGGUUUCAUACAAGGCAAAGGUACAACACGUGAUACAAAGCUUCCACAGCUUGUGAAUGUCUAUCUAGUUCAGGGAUUGCGUGCCAACCUGAUAAGUAUUAGUCAACUCUGUGAUGAAGGAUUGUCAGUCUUAUUUACAAAGGUUGAUUGCAAAGCAUUGGAUGAAUCGGGUAAUGUCAAGUUAUAUGGUGUGAGAUCUGGAAAUAAUUGUUACAUGUGGGAAAAACAUUCAAUCAAAUGCUACAGUGCUCAAGGGAAUAUUGAUCUCUGGCAUCAACGACUUGGUCAUAUGAAUACAAGAAAUUUUACUACUCUUGUGAAUAAAGAGAUAAUACGAGGGGUACCUAAGCUUAAAGGUGAAGACAAUAUGGUGUGUGGACCAUGUAAUCAGGAAAAGCAAGUCAAGAUUCAGCACAAGAAGGUACCUGAAGUUCAGUCAAAUUCAGUUUUAGAUCUGGUUCACAUGGACUUAAUGGGACCAAUGCAAGUUGAAAGCUUAGCUGGGAAGAAGUCUGUGUUUGUGUUAGUGGAUGAUUUUUCUAGAUAUACUUGGGUUCGCUUUAUUCGAGAAAAAUCAGAUACAGUUGAUAGCUUCAAGAUUUUUGCUCUAAAGUUGCUCAAUGAAAGGGGUGGAAUCAAAAGGAUCCGAAGUGACCAUGGAGGAGAAUUCCAAAACGAGUCUAUGAAAGAAUUUUGUGAACAACAUGGGAUUUCACAUCAAUUUUCAGCUCAAAGAACUCCUCAACAAAAUGGUGUAGUAGAAAGGAAGAAUAGAACUCUUCAGGAAAUAACAAGAGCAAUGAUACAUGGAAAUCAAGUUCCUAAGAAAUUUUGGGCUGAAGCACUUAACAUAGCUUGCUACAUAAUUAACAGAGUUUAUGUUCGAAGAGAUACAUCAAAAACUCCAUACGAACUAUGGAAAGGCAAAACACCGAAUCUAAGUUAUUUUCAUGUGUUUGGGUGUAAAUGCUAUAUUUUGAAUGACAAGGACUAA